AUGACAGUAGGCCCGCUUGCCCCCACCUCCAGUUCGGGUAGUUCUUCCAACUCCACCUCGACCUGCCCUAGUAGCACUGGCUUAGCAGGGACCCUAUCCCCGAGCAGGGCCUCUUCUUCCUCAGAAGCGGUUUUAUCAGGAAACGCAAAGGCGGCAACCACUGCGUCAGACGUUUAUGAUAAUAUCAACACUGGUAGCGGUAUUUUAGUAGCAUCCAGUGGUUAUGAAGCAUGCCCGGUGGUUAUCAGCGGGAGAGAGCUCUUUGUAGAUUUUCUGGUGAUUGAUUUGUCGAGCUUUGAUGCAGUAUUUGGGAUGGAUUGGUUAGGGUCAUUCUUUGCCACCAUUGAUUAUCGCCGUCGGAGUGUAGUAUUUGAGAUACUGGAUCACCCGAGGUUUGAGUUCCUCAGUGGUAGCACAUCGGCCGGACCUGUAGAGUAUAGAGCUAGACCGAAGAAGACGAUGUUUGCUGCCAUGCAGGUGGAACCCGAGAAACCAAAUGUAGUUCAGGAAUUUGAAGAUGUAUUUCCCGAUGAUAUUUACGGGUUGCCACCGGAUCGAGCAAUUGAGUUUUCCAUAGAAUUGAAGCCUGGAACUGCUCCGAUCUCCAAGACUCCUUAUCGUAUGCCUGCAAUUGAGUUUUCCAUAGAAUUGAAGCCUGGAACUGCUCCGAUCUCCAAGACUCCUUAUCGUAUGCCUUCGGCUGAGUUGACCGAGCUUCAGACUCAGUUGGAUGAUCUUAUGCAGAGAGGCUUGAUACGACCCAGUGUAUCGGCCUGGGGAGCACAUCUGUUGCUUGUGGGUAAGAAGGAUGGAUCCGAGCGAAUGUGCAUCGACUACCGGGAGUUGAAUGCUGUGAAAGUGAAGGUCAAGGACUCUAACGUUCCCAAGACUGCGUUCCGGACGAGAUAUGGACAUUAUGAGUUCUUAGUGAUGCCGUUUGGUGUGACUAAUGCGCCAGCGACAUUCAUGAACUUGAUGAAUCUGGUAUUCUAUGAUGUGCUGGACAAGUUUGUAGAAGCCUUUAUUGAUGAUAUCCUGGUAUACUCCAAGAGUGAAGCGGAGCAUGCGAAGCACUUGCGAUACGUGUUGCAGACCCUGAGAGAGCAUCGGUUGUUCGCUAAGUAUAGCAAUGGUAGAGGAUUGGGAUGCGUUCUUCAGCAGGAUGGUCAUGUGGUAGCAUAUGCUUCUCGUCAGUUGAAGAAGCAUGAGCAGAAUUAUCCUACCCACGACUUGGAGUUGGCAGCUGUGAUUUUUGCCCUUAAGCUUUGGAGGUAUUAUUUGUUGGGAGAACAAGUGAAGGUGUUUACGGAUCACAAGAGCUUGAAGUACAUCUUCACGCAGAAGGAGCUCAACAUGAGGCAGCGCAGAUGGUUAGAGCUGAUAGCGGAUUAUGACAUUGAUCUUCAGUAUCACCCUGGCAAGGUCAAUGUAGUACCAGAUGCUUUGAGUCGUUUGCCGGCAAUCAUGACCCUUACGGCUCAGUGGAGACUUCAGCAAAAAGUGAGAGAUAUGAGUAUAGAAGUUCUUCUUCCAGGAGUCAUCGAUUCUUUGAUGAAUCUUCAGAUUCAAUCGACAUUGGUCGAACAAAUCAAGGCUGCACAAGCAGAUGACUCAUUUAUUUAG